AUGGUAAUUCAGGAUCAUAUCGAGUCGUCUCAGGUUAAUUCUUUAAAGCGAAAAGCGAGAUCCCUCGAUCCCCCCCAAACAAACGUCCAACCAGCGAAGAGAUCACGCUCAGAACCCACCGAGACCUUUUCCUCUGUCGAGAAGUGGCUAUCGCAUCUGCCACAUAACGAGCCCUUCGAGGCGGACGACAUGAGUUUACCACCACCGAAAAGAUCGCGGUCGUCCGAUACUCUCAGUCGGAGGUUAUCACAAUCAGGAGACAGUACAGAGAGCACAGUUUCAAGAGACAAAAAGUAUUCCGCAUACCGAGACGUGAACUAUCCGGUGGUGUUGGAGACGAAAGGGAGUUUCAUGCGGCCAUCGAAGGCCGGGCUUGUUGAUGAAGAUAAGACACUUUUGGAGAAACUUCUCGUUCUAAGUCAACCAGUACCUGACAACUCAUUAUUCGAUGAUGCGCGAUUCGAAAAAUUUCAUUCACUCUUACGAGGCCGAUCCGAGGCCCGAGUCUAUCUCGACCUACAUCCUCUCAUUGUACCAUCGGCCGAGAACCUCUAUAUUAGUGGCCGAGAAGAAUUUGAAGGUCUCAUCGAAGGCCACAAUGACCUCUGGAUUAAAGCGAUCCCUUUCUAUGGACCACGUCCGCAGCCCGACCACACGUACGGAUUCAAGUGGUCCAACUUCACAGAGACACAAAGGAGGAAACUUAAUAUCGAGCCCACGGAGCAAUCCCUUUACACAGCACGUGAAGAUAUCUAUUUCCCCUUCCUGACCAGCGAAGUCAAGUGUGGCAAGCAAGGACUCGAUUUAGCCGAUCGCCCUAAUACUCACAGCAUGACCAUUGCGCUCCGGGGUAUUGUGGACCUUUAUCGGAAAGCGAAUCGUUCGUCAGACGUGCAUAGGAGGGCUCUAGGUUUUUCGGUUUCUCAUGACGAUAACAGUGCCCGUAUCUACGUUCAUUAUCCCGAGAUCGAUGGUAACGACACGGUUUACUGGCGCAAUACAAUCAAAGAGCUCAAUUUCAGAGACGGGAAAGGUAGAGAAAAAUGGACAUGUUACCAAUUUACACUCAAUGUCUGUCAACUUUUCGCCCCGGCUCUGCUCAAAAGACUCAAAACUGUAAUUGAUGAGUUGCCAGACCCGAUUGCACAGACGCUCGAACCAGCAAGUUUUGACGACCUCAGUGUACUAAGUUCGCAAGACGAUGCCAGUGCGCCUGAGUCCCAGGACGAAAGCUUCAGAAAGCCACGUAAAGUUGGUGGGUUGCAAGUAGAGUUACGGACCAUGAUUCAAAAUUUGCAAAGGCAGUUGGAACAACAGAGGGCAGACUCAAUAGCACAGUUAGAACGACAAAGGCACGAGUCAGAGCAGCAGAGAGCAAUGCUAACGGCACAAUUGGAACAACAGAGGAAAGACUCAACGGCACAAUUGGAACAACGGAAGCAAGAUUCAGAGCAGCAAAGAGCAAUGCUAAUGGCGCAAUUGGAACAACAGAGGAAAGACUCUGACCAACAGCAAAAGGAACUCGUGCAAUUGCUGAAACAGCAAAGCGAACAGAUAAGGGAACUCUCACUGAAACGGUGA